AAUACGCGUCAACGAGCAAGGAUCAUGGAAGAAGAACAAAGAGAGCGAAUGGACAGAAUGGAAAGAGCUCAGGAAGAAAUGAGAGAACAGUUAGCAAAGAUGAUGGAAUUAAUGAUGAGUCUCAGUAAAGGAAAAAGAGCGAUCGAAGAGCCAGCUCCGUCAGAAAACCCACCAGCACAAGACAGUGGAAACCAAAGGGAAGAUCCACCCUAUCCCCCAGGGUUCACUCCACCACAUGCCCAAACCUCUCAAAGGGUCCACCCUCAAGUGAUCCCACCCGUCUAUUACAAUGCACCACCCCCGCUAGGCCAUCAACCGAUUCAGGGGCAAUUUGGGCCAUAUUCUGGGAUAAAUCCUGCUGAACCAAUAAAUGUCCCAGAUUUAGACGAUCCGAAGGAGCAAGAAAAACUAAGAAAGGACUCGUCACAAACAGGGGAAAAUGAAAAAGACCAGAAAAAGUAUGAUCUGUUGGAAGAACGUCUUCGUGCUAUCGAGGGAGUUGAUAGGUUUGGUACCAUGGACGCAACCGAGCUAUGCUUAGUGCCGGAUGUAUUGAUCCCUGCCAAGUUCAAGGUUCCGGAAUUUGAAAAAUAUGACGGAACAAAAUGUCCCAUGGCACAUAUUACCAUGUAUUGUCGGAAGAUGGCUGCACAGUCUCACGAUGAUAAGUUACUGAUCCAUUUUUUCCAAGACAGCUUGACUGGGUCAGCUGCUCGGUGGUACGUACAGCUAGAUCGAAACCGUAUUAAGACUUGGAAAGACUUAGCAAGAGCCUUCAUAGCCCAAUACAAGCAUGUGGCUGAAUUAGCCCCUGAUCGGUUGUCAUUACAAACUAUGGAGAAGAAGCAAAGCGAGAACUUCAAGGAAUAUGCCCAAAGGUGGAGAGAUACAGCAGCGCAAGUUCAGCCACCUCUCACUGAUAAGGAGAUGACUGUUUUGUUCAUAAAUACCCUCCGAGCUCCAUUCUAUGAGCGCUUGAUCGGCAAUGCCACGAAAAACUUUGCAGAUUUGGUCUUAUCGGGAGAAAUAAUAGAAGGAGCUAUCAAAAGCGGAAAAAUUGAAGGGCAUGAAGUUGCCAGCUCAAAGAAAGGGAGUACGCCCAAGAAGAAAGAAGGGGAUGUGCAAGCAGUCGCUCACGACAGCCAACAAGCCCACAACUUUAACCCAUAUUACCCGUACCCUCCAUACCAACCCUUCUAUCCGCACAUAGGCAACAUCACACAAAACCCAUAUGUGUACCAACCCGUCCCGCAACCAACAUUUCAAACCAAUGUUCUUCCACAAACUCCACCACCAAGACCGGUAGCUUCAACCAAUAAUCCUGGCCAUGGUCAAAGAGGACCUAAAACUACCCCAGAAAGACCAAAGUUUGAUCCUAUUCCAGUCCCUUACACUACAUUGCUGCCACAACUCAUAGAAAAUCGACUCCUUGCUCGAACCCCUUUAGAACCACUCCGACCACCUUUCCCGAAAUGGUAUGAUCCGAAUGCGCAUUGUGAUUACCAUUUUAAAAUUGAAGGGCACUCCACCGAGAAUUGCACUACUUUAAAACAUAAAGUUCAAGCGCUCAUUAAGGCAGGGCUUUUAAAUUUUGCCAAAAAAGACAGUUCGAGUGUUGAUGGGAACCCGUUACCUAAUCAUGGAAGACCGACUGUGAAUGCCAUACAUGAAGGGAUGAUUCGAAGGGUGAAAAAGGGUAUUGAUGAGAUUCAAACGCCGAUGGAUAAAGUGUUUGAGGCGUUGUCCAAGAUAAAUGCCAUCACUCCAGAACCCAUCGACAUAAAGGAAUUGGGGCAUGAUCUCGCUCGCUCUUGCAAAUUUCAUAUGGGGGCAAUUGAGCAUUCCAUUCAAAAUUGUGAUAGCUUUCGUCGUAAGUUGCAAGAAUUGAUGGAUUCAUCGGUAAUUGAGUUUUAUGAAGAAGCUGAAGAGAAUUUGGUCGGAACCAUAAAUGGAGACACCCCAGCUGAAGUGGCAUCAAGUUCAUUCGGGGGGAACAAACCUAAACCUCUCACUAUCUUCUACGAAGAAAAUAGAAGCCCGAUGAAUGAUACAUCCCCAACUAUGAUCAGAAGUGGUAUUACCAUCGAAGUCCCCAGCCCAUUCCCUUACAAGAGCGAUAAGGCUGUCCCAUGGAAUUAUGAGUGUAAUAUUUUGAGCACAGCUUCAUCCGCCCCCCAAGCAUCUCCUGAAGAUCUAACUGGUGUGGGGGUUGCUCCGAACAAUGAAGUCAAAAAUCCUGUUACCGAGAAAGAAGCAGGUGAAUUUCUCAAGUUUAUCAAACACAGUGAAUACAACGUGGUAGAACAAUUGAUCAAGAUGCCCGCUCGCAUCUCGCUGUUGUCCUUACUGUUGAAUUCGGAAGCACACAGGAACGCACUGCUCAAAGUCUUGAACCAAGCUUAUGUGGCAUAAGAUAUAUCAGUGGAAAAGUUAGACCACAUCGUGGGGAACAUUACAGUGGGGAACUUCAUUGCCUUUAAUGAUGAAGAAAUACCAUCGGGUAGUCGAGAAAGUAACAAAGUGCUGCACAUUACCGUCAAAUGCAAGGACCAUAUCGUACCUAGGGUCUUGGUCGAUAAUGGUUCAGCUUUAAAUUUCAUGCCUCGUUCUACUUUAACCAAGUUGCCAGUAGAUGUGUCAUAUAUGAGAACCAGCCGCAUGGUUGUAAGGGCUUUCGACCGGACCACAAGGGAGGUGGUAGGGGACAUUGAACUACCGAUAAAAAUUGGCCCUUGCAUUUUUGAGGUCCAAUUUCAAGUCAUGGACAUUGCCCCGUCAUACAAUUGCUUGUUAGGGCGUCCAUGGAUUCAUAUGGCUGGAGCCAUACCAUCUUCCCUUCAUCAAAAAGUUAAAUUCAUAGCUGAAGGCCAACUGAUAAGUGUAUGUGCGGAGGAAGACAUACUAGCUAUUCAACCAUCAUCUGCUCCUUAUGUAGAAGCAACGGAAGAAGUCCCAGAAUGCUCUUUCAGAUCUUUUGAAUUUGUUAAUGCUACUUAUGUGGGGGAAAGAAAAGUGAUACCGACCCCUCGUUUGUCAGUAGCCACUAAAAUGGGAGUUAAGCAGACUGUGGGUAAAGGAUGCCGUGCUGGUUUGGGGUUAAGAAAGAAUUUACAAGGAAUUAACCGUCCUCUAACUCCAAUGAAGAAUGAAGAAAGGUUUGGUUUGGGGUACAAGCCUACCAAAGAAGAGAGAAAGAAACUGACAGCUCAAAAGAAGAUUAAAAUGAUGGCUCAACUUGAGGGAAAAGGAGAAGAAUUCGGGGAACGGACAAUCCCACACUUAUAUGAGACUUUUCGCUCUGCAGGUUUCAUUCAUCCCGAAGCACCACCAAAGGUCAAUCAGGUUUUACGAAUAUUUGAUGAGCUAUCAACCCAUAUGAUCGGAGAUGAAGAACCUCACGAGAAGAUCCCUAUGGUGUAUCCAGUACGACCAGGAGAGGAGCUAAGCAAUUGGACAGCCACGAAAUUGCCCAUCAUCUUUAAGUCUUCCGAAAUGUCUUUAAAUAAUGAACACGAAGACAAUCUAGACAACGAUUUGAAUAUCGAUUUUGAGAUAAUUCCGAACAUUGAUGAAUUGAAAAAUGAAGAGGAGGUGGAUGACUAUAGCUUACCCCCUGAUUUGUCGAGAAUGUUGGAACAAGAAGAAAAGGAGAUUUUACCUCAUCAGGAACUCAUAGAAAUGAUUAACCUCGGAAAUGGGGAAGAGAAGAAAGAGGUUAAGAUUGGCACCUCGCUGUCAUCCGAUGAACGGCAGAAGCUAGAAGAAUUGCUCCGUGAAUAUGUGGACGUGUUUGCUUGGUCAUAUCAGGACAUGCCAGGUCUUAAUACUAACAUUGUUGUCCACAGGUUACCUAUGGGACCAGAUUGCAAGCCUAUUAAACAGAAGUUGAGAAGGAUGAAGCCAAAAAUGUUGCUGAAGAUUAAAGAGGAAGUAAAAAAGCAAUUCGAUGCUGGAUUUUUAGAGGUGGCAAAGUACCCUGAAUGGGUGGCUAAUGUAGUUUCAGUUCCUAAGAAGGACGAAAAAGUUCGAAUGUGCGUCGAUUAUAGAGAUUUGAACAGAGCGAGUCCGAAAGAUAACUUCCCUUUGCCACAUAUUGAUACUCUUGUGGACAACACAGCAAAACAUGCUUUGUUCUCAUUCAUGGAUGGCUUUUCUGGUUACAAUCAGAUUAAGAUGGCACCCGAAGAUAUGGAAAAAACAACGUUCGUAACCAUGUGGAGAACGUUUUGUUACAAAGUAAUGCCAUUUGGAUUAAAGAAUGCAGGCGCCACCUACUAGAGGGCAAUGGUAGCUUUGUUUCACGAUAUGAUGCAUAAAGAGAUAGAAGUAUAUGUGGAUGACAUGAUUGCAAAAUCUUAUACAGAAAGGGAUCAUACUGUUAAUCUCAAGAAACUGUUCGAGAGAUUGCGAAAGUUCCAACUCAAGUUGAAUCCUGCAAAGUGCACUUUCGGUGUAACUUCUGGGAAAUUGUUGGGGUUUAUAGUAAGAAAAGGAAUUGAAGUGGACCCGGAUAAAAUACGAGCUAUUCAAGAGCUACCACCUCCCAAAACGCAAAAAGAAGUGAGAGGAUUUUUAUGGAGGUUGAAUUACAUUGCUCAAUUUAUAUCCCAACUCACCUGCAAAUGUGAUCCAAUCUUCAAGCUGCUUCGGAAACGAGACCCAGGAGAGUGGAAUGAAGAAUGUCAAAUAGCCUUUGAUAAAAUCAAAGAAUAUCUUACAAAUCCACCGGUGUUGGUGCCACCGAAGGUCGGAAAACCUCUUAUUUUGUAUUUGACUGUGAACAAGAAUUCUAUGGGGUGUGUAUUGGGACAAAAUGAUGAAACUGGGAAGAAAGAACGAGCCGUAUAUUACUUGAGCAAGAAAUUUCUGGAGUAUGAGUCCAAAUAUUCUGCGCUCGAAAAGAUGUGUUGUGCGCUAGCAUGGACCGCCCAGAGGCUCCGACAGUAUAUGUUGUAUCACACAACGUGGUUGGUGGCAAAAUUAGAUCCCAUCAAGUAUAUUUUUGAAAAACCCUGCCUGUCUGGAAGAAUAGCUCGAUGGCAAGUGCUAUUGUCUGAGUAUGACAUUGUAUAUGUGUCUCAAAAAUCAAUCAAAGGGAGCGUCAUCGCCGAUUUCCUUGCAGAUCGAGCUAAUGAAGAUUAUGAAUCUGUAAGUUUCGAUUUUCCAGAUGAAGAUUUGAUGGCCGUCUUGCAUAUAGAAGAGGUUGGUCCCAAUGAACUUAAUCCAUGGAAGGUGUAUUUUGAUGGAGCAUCCAAUGCUUUGGGGCACGAAAUUGGGGCAGUGUUGAUUUCUCCAAAUGGAAAGUACUAUCCAGCCACAGCGAGAUUGAAUUUCAAUUGUAUUAACAAUAUGGCGGAGUAUGAGGCAUUGGUAAUGGGAUUGCAAGCAGCAAUUGAGAUGAAGGCUGACGCGAUAGAUGUUUACGGAGAUUUGGCUUUAGUGAUAUGUCAAAUGAGAGGCGAAUGGGAAACUAGAGAUUCUAAACUAGUUCCAUAUAAAAAGCUGGUUACAGAAUUAAGCAAACAGUUCAAAGAAAUCAGCUUCAACCAUUUGCCUCGAGAAGAGAAUCAGAUUGCUGAUGCUUUGGCCACCCUCGCAGCGAUGUUCAAAAUAAAAGAGGCGGCUGAUGUACGCCCUUUUGAUUUAGAAGUCCGUGAAGCCUCCGCACACUGCUUGAAUGUUGAAGAAGAGGUUGAUGGAUAUAAAUCUAUCAUCGUGAAUAGUUUGUCACUUAGAAGCAUACUUGAUGCAAACAAGUUGACAGGCUCAAAUUUCAUUGACUGGCUUCGCAAUAUUAAGAUUGUCUUGAAACAAGAGAAAAAGGCUAAUGUCUUAGAUGGUCCUAUUCCCCAAGAACCUAGUGAUGAUGCUACAAAUGAGGAAAAGGAGGCCUAUAGAGUUUAUAUGGAUGAUCUCGAUCAAGCCACAUUUGUGAUGUUGGCUAGUAUGGCUCCAGAUCUUCAAAAGUAG